AUGAGCGGCGACAAGAUGGAGGUUGAGAUGGCGGAGCAGAAGAUGAAGUCGCUCGAGCACAGCGAGCAGCACUACUUCAAGAGCUACGAUCACCACGGCAUCCACGAGGAAAUGCUGAAAGAUGAAGUGCGCACGAGAUCGUACAUGAACGCCAUUGUCCAGAACAAGCACCUCUUCAAGGACAAGGUUGUCCUCGACGUCGGAUGCGGCACUGCCAUUCUCUCCAUGUUCGCCGUCAAGGCUGGCGCCAAGCACGUCAUCGGCGUCGACAUGUCGUCCAUCAUCUUCAAGGCCCGCGAGAUCGUCAAGGUCAACGGCAUGGCUGACAAGAUCACUCUGGUACAGGGCAAGAUGGAAGAGGUGCAGCUGCCCUUCCCCAAGGUCGAUAUCAUCAUCUCCGAGUGGAUGGGCUACUUCCUGCUGUACGAGUCCAUGCUCGACACCGUCCUGUACGCCCGUGACAGGUAUCUGGAAAAGGACGGCCUGAUAUUCCCCGACAAGGCCACCGUCUUCUUCGCCGGCAUCGAGGAUGGUGACUACAAGGAAGAGAAGAUCGGAUUCUGGGACAACGUCUACGGCUUUGACUACACGCCCCUCAAGGAGACUGCCCUCUCGGAGCCGCUCGUCGACACCGUCGAGCUCAAGACAGUCGUCACCGACCCCACGCCCGUCCUCACCCUCGACCUCUACUCGUGCACCACGGCUGACCUGGCCUUUACCGUGCCCUUCAAGCUCACCGCCAAGCGCGACGACUUCAUCCACGCCCUCGUCUCGUGGUUCGACAUCGACUUCACCGCCUGCCACAAGCCCAUCCGCUUCUCGACCGGCCCCCACACCAAGUACACCCACUGGAAGCAGACGGUCCUCUACUUCAAGGAGGUCCUCACCGUCCAGCAGGGCGAGGAGGUCCAGUGCACCCUACAGGUCAAGCCCAACGCCAAGAACCGCCGCGACCUCGACAUUGAGCUCGACUACGAGCUCGAGACGGGCGACGUGACCCGCACUGCCUCUGGCAAGUGCGACUUCCGCAUGUGCUAG